UGUGCAGUUACUUUUGGGCUAAAUACAAAACUGAAGACUUGGUUUAUAGUUAAAUCUGGUAUUGUUAUUGUUGUUACAGAAUAGGAAUGCACUCGUAAUUCCCUUUGUUGAGAAUAAUUAAGGCAAGAGACUGGUUCAUUGCAGUUCUUAACGUGUAAUUACUGCCUGAAAGAUUUGAACAAGCUAGAGACAAGCUCCACAGCACAGGGAUGAGCAGGAGGAGGGGCAUUUUCAAAUACCCAUGUUUUACUGGUGGUAAUUUUAUUCUCCAUGCCAGCUUGUGUGGUUAAAUAACAUUUGACAUGCUUGACCUUUGAACAUGCUAAAAAUAGAUGUGUAAUAAUGAGAUAUGAUUCUUACCUCAUCCAGAAGCCAACACCAUGCCAAGUGCAAUAAGCCUGAAGAAACUGACAGCCAGCAACUGGUCUGCUGAAAAUGAGGUGGAUAGUACACCUGUAGAGGGGGACACGGCCCAGAGUGACAAACACAGACAUGACAUAAAGAGUAAGAAGAGGAGUGACCGAGGUGACGGCAGAUUAUUGACCUCACGUGUUGAUGUGGAUACGAUUCUGGAUGCUAAACGUAAAAGAACAGUGCCACUUGCAGAACUGCAGCUAACGGAAUGGCUAAAGGAAAACUUUGAACCCAUGGAAGAUGGGUAUCUAAGUGGACGAAAGAUGUAUGAAUUCUACAAACAAAACUGUAUUCUUCAAGGGAUAAAUGUCCUUGAGCUUACCCCCUUCAACAGACAACUGAGUAACGUUCUUGGAGGAAAAAGGUAUCUUAUUAAGGAGGGUUCAGACUAUAAAGGACUUGUGUCAGAGAAAAAGAAGAAGGAAACAAAGAAGACAGAGUCCUUACAUCAUAAGAUGAAAGACAUAAUAAUUGAAGCUCUGAAAGAAGGGGGCAGUCCUAAAAAAGGCUUACGCUUUGUGUGGAUCAAGCACUACAUCAUUGCCAAAUAUCCAGCUUUGAGACUGGAUCUGAGACCAGCCUACCUGAAAGUUGCUCUUGAGAGAGCAGUCAGAUUUGGAUAUGUUGAGCUGGUAAAAGGUAUGGGGAUGUCCGGAUAUUACCGCCUGCCAGGUGACUACCCAGAAGAUGAGGAGGAUGAAAAAAAGAAAAAGAAGAAGAAAACCAAGAAACCAGAUGAAGGUGGAAAAGAGAAGGAAGGUGGUGAAAAUGGAGUAAAGGACGGGGAGGGCGGCAAAGAAGGCGAGGAAGCGAAAGAUGGGCAGACAAAGGAGGAGAAGGAUGUGAACGGCAAGGGAGAAGAAGGUGCAAGCGAAGAGGAGAAGAAAGACUCCAAAAAGUCUAAGAAGAAAAAACGUUCAUCAAAGAGGAAGCCAAGACCUCGGACUUUUCAUGGGGUGUCUCGUCAUGUGGACCCAAGGACUAUAGAUGAUGUCUUUCCUAUGGCCAUGACAUUUAUGUGUGAGCCCAAAGAUGCUUCCAGUUUGAAAAUUAAGAAGUACAUUCAGAAAUACUUCCCAUCUGUGGACUUGGAGGCCAAUUUUAAGAAGACAUUGCUGAAUGGUUGUGAGAAAGGACUGUGGGAACAGGUGACUGGUACAGGCUCUUCCGGCUCCUUCAGACUACAGGUGGAUGACAUCAAUCCUCUGAAAUGCACAACACUUGAAGACAUGAUAUGUUUGGCCAUUCUGGCUUGCCAUGAACCCAAGCAAUCUUCAGUCAACCUAUUGAAGCAGUACAUCAUAGAAUAUCAUCCUAAUUUCAAUAUUGAUAAACGACCAUACCAUUUCAAGAGGGCCCUUGAAAAAGCAGAAAGGACUGGCAAGAUCAUACGGCUGUCUGGAAUUGGUGGCACAGGAAGCUUUCAGCUGGCUGAGCCAUUCACACCCUGUCCAAGCUGGUUGGGAGGUGAGGAGGACAGUGACAUUGAGGAGGAUAUCGAGGAAGUUACUCAAGUACAAGUGGAGCCACUGUAUAAAGUACGUCCAAGUAAAAGAAGAGGCAUGGGAAGAGUAGCUGCUGCUAAGGGCAGACAGCCAGACUUUAUCAGCUACACUUCCCCACACAAAUCCACAAAACCAAAGAAACGCAAAAGAAAGGUCAGCUACAAAGAGGAAGAUGAGAAUGAAAGUGAGGUUGAAGAAUCCCCCAAACGCUCUAAAUCUAGGACUGAGAAGUCAGCCAGUAAGUCUCGCAGAAGGAAGCUUACAUCAGAAAGUGAAGAAGAGUCUGAAGAGGAUGAUCCUUUGGAAUACACACCAAAGAAGACAGCUUCACGAGGUGGGUCCAAAUCCUCUAGACAGCAACCUGGGUCCAAAACUAUUAACAAGUCUAGUAAGGGUGGAAAAUUCAAGCCGAAAGCCAGCACCCCAUCUAAGCCAAGCAGGAAAGCACCCAUGUUACAAAAGGAAGAGGAGGAAGAAGAAGGUAUAGAGGAAAAACCUGCCAAGAAAAGGAAACAGGCGUCCAAGAAAGGCAAAUCUCCAUCUGGGAAGUCAGCGUCCAAGAGGCGCCGCAAGCUGAAAUCUUCACACAGAGAGGGUGAGUUGUCUGAUGAGGAGGAACAAGAGCCCAAGUCAAGGUCACCCAGCAAGAAGUCACGUAUGGAUUACGAGGAAGAUGAGGGGGACUCUGAGAGGGAGGAGCAGACGAGGAAGGUAAAGGGGAGCUCUUCCAGGAGAAGGGCACUGUACACCGACUCCGAAGAUGAGGGGGAAAUAAGAAGAAAAAAGCGAGAUAAAAGAUAUUAUGACGAAGAUGAAAGUCUGUCUGAGGGAGAAGAAUUGCCAGCCAAGCCCAAAUCAAGAAAAAGCUCUUCAAAAAAGACGCGUGCAGAACCAUUGUACACUUCCUCUGAGGAGGAAGGGGAGGUCACAUCCAGACGCAAACUGUAUCACUCAGAUGAUGAGGAAGAAAAGAAAGACAAACCCAGUAAGUCCUCCAAAAAAUCCUCCAAAAAAAGCAACAAGAAGCGUCGUUGAACCAGGACGAAAUGUACACGUGGCUUGUGUGGCCAAAAUGUGUCUGAAGUAAUCCGAUGGUCAGUGCUGUGACUCAGCAGCCUAAACUCACAUGUUGUCAUGUUAUGCUUUGUGUAGUCUUGAUCAUAUGAUGGUCACAUUGAUUACAGGUGGGAACAGAAAGGUCAGAAAACUUAACGAUUGUUAACUGCAUAAAACUGUCUUAGUUAUAUAAUUAUGUACAUAAUUACGUACACAAUUAUGUAGGCAGAGGUUGGAUGAUAAUCUUGUAGAUUUUUGAUUCAUCAACAUUAAUGUAACUCAUUCAAAUAUCAUAAGCAAACAGUGGACUGCAGGACAGAUAUUGUCAAUUUAAACAGGUUACUGUAGCUGCGGUGAAAUGUACGGUUUGAUUAGGUAUAGGUAGCAUAUGCAUGGGUGUGUAAAUGUUGUCCAUGUGUUAACGUUUACUGCGCAAGCCUUGAUGUGCAUUUCUUCACCAUUUGAUCGAGUAACUUUUUAUGAUGGAAAUUUCUUUGUAAUGCCUGGUGCUAUAGUGAAUUCUUUUGAGCAUUUUAUCUGCUUUUACCAUUGAUUUUUCUGUUGAAUUGUUUCUAUCAUUCAUACACCAAGUUUUAAUCUCAAGUUUUUCAUUUUAUUCAUUUCGUUUUUGUCAUCAAGAUAAUCAAACCUGAACAUUCUUUCUCUUUUAUAUCAUGUAACUGGAACAUACAUGUUUUAUUAUAAUUAUUAUUACUGCUCGACUGCUGGUAGUAUGAAAAUAGACUUUAUUUACAACAUGUUCAUGGUAACUAGUGUUAGAGGAUUCUGUAAAAUUCUUACCAUAACUGUUGUUGGUAUGAUCGGUUCUCAACUAUUUGUGUGUGUGUGUAUGUGUGUAUUUGUCAGGUAGGACACCUACAUAUUGUGUCCAUUUCUCGUGUGUCAUUAUUGUAUACACACUACCAUUUGACUUGUGCACCAAGAUAAUACUGUUGGUUAAGAUUUUUGUGCUGAAGAGUGUAUUUGUGGUACCAGUAAAAGAACUGAAUUGUGUAGAAUAAGUAAUUUUGGACAGAAUCAUAUCAUAGUUUGCUGUUUGUUGCAUACGCCUUGUGAUUUUUUUACCUGGUAACAUUACCAGAAUAUCUUAUAUCUGCUAUGGUUUUUAUCAAGUUUACCAACUCUAUUGUACUAUCAUGUCCAUGUAAGUCCAGUACUUGUAUCAGACAUGCCUAAGUCAAGGGGCAUAGUUGUCUGUGUUUUGUGUCUGCUUCACUUGGUUUUUACUGUUCAAGAAUUGGAUUUCAAUAGAGGUGGCAUAGUUUUGGAUCUGACUUGUCAACUCCUGUUAUAUACAACUUGUAGCUAUACGUGUAGUAUUGAAGCAGAAAUUUUGAUUCACAUUUUCUGUUAAGAUGUAAAGUCUACAUCUGAGAAGUCUUAUUUACUGGCUUGAUACAUCAGCACCUAUAAAUCUAA